AUGCAACCACACCGGCCAUCAAAUCAAGCGUCUGAUCAUUCUGCACGGUUCCCGCAUGCCCGUAACAGCUACAAUAAAUUCUACCGCCUCGGCCGCCGUCUUCCAUUGAGUUCUGGCCUGUCCGGUGAUAAUCACUUUCUGCAAGCGCGUUAUUUGAUUGAAACUACGCAAUGUGAUUUGUCAACGAUGGACAAUUUGGGAACAGGCUCUUGGGCUUCUUUUGCUGGCGAGCUCGACGGAAUAAGUUGGACUACUGGCGAACUCGUGAUAAAUGUGAGCUCCCUGUUGUAG